CGAGUAGUAUGGUUACAGGGCAGCCCACAAAUUGCUUGCAAACAAAUCGGAUGGUUUGCGACGAGAUUUAAGUAUCAAGCCGUUCGCACCGCUGUUUUGUUCCAUUAAACUGCGUCGGACGCGAGGAAUAUUCUUCCAAUUAGCGCAAACGGAACGGAAGCGUGUCGAAGGAAGCGUGUAUCAUGGAAUCAAAAAAAAUGUGAUUCGUCAAGAGGAGCAAAAUUUGCAUGGUGGAGGGGAGAGUGUCUCGACGACGAAGAAAGAGAGAAGUCUUGUGAUUUUGUGAUCGCCGAUCGGCUGAAGCAAAGUGGCAGACGCUCGCGUCCCAUGACAAGGAGAGGAGGUUCGAUCGCACCGUGCUGCGUCAUCGUAGAAUGGACACACAAGGAGGAAUGUCCCGCAACACUGGACCUGGUUUGUACGAGUUCCUUAUGGAAGCAGAGUUGCAGCAGUAUUAUCCAGGAAUUCGAGGGGACUUGAAGGUACAGACAACCGCUCAAUUAAAAUAUGUAACUGAAGAAGACUUGAACGCGAUUGGAAUGAGCAAACCAGAAAUGCGUCGUUUGAAGAAGUACUUUCAGAAACAUUUUCCUCAAAAUUACCUCUCCAAAUUCAAGAAGAUGCUGUUGCCGAAACGCGAAGAACAAACUCCAGGUGUUUUGACCAUGUUACCGGAAGAGAGACAAGACAGACCGCCUAUUCGUGUUCCUAAUAAACAUAUGAUACCAGCGGAUGCUAUCAUUGUAAAUAAAGAACUGGGAAUGGGAGAAUUUGGAGUCGUGCAGCAAGGUGUUUGGACCAACGAUGGGGAAAGAAUACAAGUAGCCAUCAAAUGUUUGUCCCGAGAAAGGAUGCAGAACAAUCCCAUUGAAUUUCUGAAAGAAGCAGCGAUAAUGCACGCGAUAGACCACGAACAUAUCGUGAGAUUGUACGGCGUAGUCUUGGAUACGAACUCUUUGAUGCUCGUGACGGAGUUGGCACCUUUGAGAUCCUUACUCGAAUGCCUGAAGGAGCCUAGUUUGCGUCCUAGUUUUCCAGCUCUCUCGCUGUGCGAUUUUGCAGUCCAAAUUGCAGAUGGCAUGCAAUAUUUAGAAGCAAAGAGAUUGAUACACCGCGAUCUUGCUGCCAGAAACAUCUUGGUCUUCUCCAAGAACAAAGUAAAAAUAUCAGAUUUUGGAUUGUCUCGAGCUCUAGGGGUUGGAAAAGACUAUUACCAAACGAACUUCAACGUGAAUUUAAAACUACCAAUAGCAUGGUGCGCCCCAGAAUGCAUAUCUUACUUAAAGUUCACUUCAGCUAGCGACGUAUGGGCCUAUGGAGUGACUCUAUGGGAGAUGUUCAGCUAUGGUUUCCAACCAUGGGCGGCGUUAACGGGCCACCAGAUUCUAGAAGCGAUAGACGAACCAAACUUCCAGAGAUUAGAGCAGCCGGAGUGUUGUCCAAAAGAUUAUUUCUCGUUGAUGCAACAGUGCUGGCAGCACGAGCCAUCCAAACGACCAAAGUUCUCGGAAUUAAUUAACCUUCUACCUGACUUGAAGCCGGAACAAGUUCAAGCUGUUCAGGACAGUUCGGAGAUUGGACAGCUCGUCUACAGGCAAGGCGAUGUUAUCACUGUUUUAGACAAAGGAAGCAGCAACACUUUAUGGAAGGGUGUUUUGAAUAGCGGGAAAACUGGGUUUUUUAAUCCUGCUCAUACGAUAGCGUACCUUGGAUCUAAUUUACCAAGUAAUAAACCUGGGGAAUUCACGCGCGGGGAUGGUAAGAAUGCGUUCUCUUCUCAACGAAGAAAAAUCAGGACGGACAUGAUUUCUUCGCCGCAAGGAGAUUUGAAGCAUACCGGUCAUGUUGGACUGGACGGAGCUUACUUUGGCGAUAUCGGGUUCCUCGGUGGGAAGAAUCCUCAUUUACCAAGGCAAGUGGUAACUCCUUACAAACCACAGGAAGAUGUAACAGACAAUUCUAGUCAAGUUGCGAAUCAAGAUGCGAGAAAUUCGGAGAUGAACAGGGAAUUAUUGAGGGAUAACAGGACUGCGCAGCAGGAUACUCAAAGCAAGCAUGAAAGUUUGUGGUCCGACAUAGGCUCCGAAGUAUGCCAUGUAGGAGCUCUGGCUAAUUCAAGUACACAGUCUGUGUCAACGAACAUGGCUAACAGUACCGAUACUCUUGGCGCAGACCAUGAAUACCAUGAAAUUAGCGACGAAGAAAAUCAAGAUAGUCCUCUACGAUUCGAUAAAACGUUAAAUUUUGAUUUUGGACCAAGUUUAUUGGCUGAAAUGGAUCAAAUGUUUAGAUCAUUAGGAUCAUCACCUCCUCCACCACCGUCUGCUCAUCCUCUAUCUACAGAACACGAGUCGAGCAAUGUUAGAAACGAACUAAGAGAGAUUCAAGCGAAGCAAUCUAACAAGAAAAAACAAGCCACCGUGAGUCCAAUAAAUGUGAAGCCUAUCUCAGCCGCCGAUCAGAAAACACUCUACUCAGCCAUUGCUAUGGCACAGGAAUUGACAGCACGUUCCAUGACAGAUCUUGAACAUCCGUCGGAGUCUCCCCGAACACCUGCCAGUCCUUCGAGGCGCAGAAAGUUCUCUUUUAAGUUGCCACAUCAACACAGUCCCAAACCAGACAGACGACACUUUUCAGAAGAAGCUGCCAGUAUACCUGACAUACAGUGGUUGUGCUCGAGCUUGCAAUCGUUAUCGUCCACCGUCUCCAGCAUAGAGUCUCUCGGUGCUCCGUCCACCCUGAAACUACCAUUAUGGGACAAAGCAUCCGCUGAAUUCUGUUUCGCAAAGUCGCGAGAGCUUCUGACCAAACCGAGCGCGUGGACUUCCUACAUGGACAUAGAGUUCGACGCGCACAUUCUGGACAACGCUGCUACGAAGCCUAAUCUGGUGAAAUCGACUGAGUUUUUGGAAAAUGGGAACAGAAAGAGCACCUUCGGCUGUGAGAACGCGACGGAAACCGAAGGAAAGCUGAAUGCUCUUCAGCAAAACGGAAAGAUGCCUUCGGCUAUGGAGAACUUGAACUUCGACUUCCCGCGUGACCCGAAGAGGGUGUCCACCAGCUACGUGGAUCGUUAUUUCGAGCAACCUAAAUACUUUGAUGAUGAUAAUAAUGCAGGUUGUGCUAUCGAGAAGGCUUCUUACUUCGGAGAGGAGAAGAUGGACAGGUACGAGAAGAUCAACAACUUGGAGCAGCCUAGUAGGUCUAGUUGCUACUCUAACAUCCAGGAGCAAUGUUCCAUGGUGGUCAACAAGUCCAUCCAGUUGCAGAACAAAUUCGCCAAUUGCGAUCAGUCCCUGAAAGAUGGCACAGCGAAUUUCGACGCUCAUUGCGACGAUACGACCUUGACGAAGGAGAAGUCGACGAAUUUCGGCGAUUUUCCGCGCAGCAAACCCAUCAAGGUUGGCAAUCUGGAACUGGGGACACGUCCCAAGAUCUCCAGCUCCUUCAGCGACUCUUCGAAAAUGAACAUCCCCGAAUUUCCCAAGAAGAUGGACCUACCGAAAGUCAGGAGCGGGAAAGUGUCUUUCGCGUCCAGAAGCGCGAAUCAAGAAGUUAAAAGUAUGAUCUAUGGGUCGACAGACAGCAUCAAGGCUAACUUGAAGACUGGCGGAGGGUUGGACAGUCCUAGAGGGAAUAUGGAAGCCGUGAGGAUCAACAUACAGAGUUUUCGCAAGAUAGAACAGAACCAGAACGGUCACGAUGGUUUUCCUUUCGUAAUAUCCAACAAUCCCUUGUUUAUAGCUGAAACUGAAAAGAAGGAGUCGCCUGUUUACAGCAGCUCCGAGAGUCUGCGCGUUAACUUCCAAAGACUCAGACGAAAGUCCGACGCAGAGGCGAAUAAUCAAGUGGAGUUGAGCAGCAAACUUCUGGCAGAGAAGUACCAACGCGAGGUGUCGGGUUUGGAGAGCGUAAAGAACUACCUGGACUCUAAAAAAGGUCAAGGAUUGAAUCUAGGUCUGGGUAAGUUGACGCAGAAUAUGAUCCAGUUGGGCAAGAACAUCGCGCAAAACUCGAGGAACAUGGAGAGCACUACGUCCAAGUCGCUGGUGACGAACAUGAGGAACCUGGACAUCUCUGGCCAAAUGCAAACUCCGGUUAGGAGCUUGAACAUUCCCAUUCAGAAGCCUAAACAUUUGGAUUUAAACAUUCCCCUGCAGUCGCAGAUUAACAUGAAGCUGAACCUGACGCAGAAGGCAAACCCUCCAGCGAGUCCUACAAUACACCAGCACAUCCUAGAGCCGCCAAAGUUGUAUCAGAACGAUAACUCGAAGAAAGAGGUGCCCAAGACUGAUGUACUCUUAGAGAAAAUGCCAACAGCUGCUAAUAUUUAUAGGCAGAGGACAUCUUCCCUUUCGGAGAACAGGAAACCGCCUAUAAAAAAUAUAAGGAGGUCGUUUCACCCUGCAAAUGACUCCAGCGAGGAUUCGGACUCCAUAUCUCAUUCUGAAACGGACAUAAGAAGCCGCUUGCGUUAUAAGCGUCGCCACAAGAAACUUUCGCAUAACUUUCGUUUGAAUUUCAAGAACAAGGGCCACUUCUUGCACCCUGAGUCAGCCAGAGGUUUCUCGUCUAUCGAACUCUGUGGGAAAUCGCCACCACCAUCGACCAGUUUCUUGAAUUCUCUUUCACCGCCUUUUUCCUCCAGGAACAACCUACUUUCUUGGCCCGAAAGCGCUCCGAGCUCUAGUUUAACGUUCACUAGCAACUCCGACUUGGACUCUGACACCAGUUCGGAAUAUCCAGAGUUCACAAACGACAUACUGACCUUCCCGCCAUCCCCUGCCCCAUAGAGUCUGGAUAUCCUGAGUUUUGUAAUGCCUUCGGAUCUGGACUCUAGCAAUGCAUCAUCGUUGUAAAGUGCAUGAUGUCGAGAGAAACUUGUAAGACAGAGUUGGGCAAUAAUUAGACUGUAAAGUAUUUCUUUUUGAUAUCUUCUGCCUGGAUAAUUUAUAUUUAAAUGAAUAAUUAAGCGAUACCUGAAAUAUUUAAUUUUGAGUAAAUAUGUAAUUUCAUUGUAGAUUCGUCGACACUUUCAAUAGUCCUCGUUCAACGCCUAUACGAGUUUUUACAGUGAUGAAAGCAACAUCAAGACAACCUUGUUUAAAGAUCUUGGAAAGUGGUUGGAAAAUUGUAACGAUACCCAACUCUGGACAAUACAGUGUACUUAAAACAUGAAACUGCCCGGAAACAGUUUGUGUCACAUACGCUUAGCAUGCUUGCAUGUUACACUAAUUACUAAAUAACGUAUAGCGGUUAAUACGUUUGGAUGCAUUUACAUAUUUAUACUAUUUGUACUUGGAGGACAUUGGAAUGGGAAUCCUAGAGUAUGUAAUCGGAACUACGUGUCGAUACUACGUUUUGUUUACACGCAUAUGCGAACCUGGUACCCUGAUGUGCUCGAAACGUCAUUUACUCACGUUGCAUCCCUUUUGGAGUAGCGCAGCGUUUUCCAAUCUGUGUUGAAGCAGAUAAUUGUAAAAAGGUAUUCAAUAAGUGGCCUAAGACUUUUGGACCUUUUUGUGUACUAUAUCUCAGUAUGUAUACCAUAUUUUGAUUUCUUUUUCUAUGGCAUUUGAAUGAAAAUCCAAGGAAGCAUGGAUACUUUUGUUUGCUAGACUUGCAAUGUCCCUUCAUCAAAAAGGGUUAAAAGUGGUAUAAAAAGAUUGGAAAACGUUGCCGUAGCGUAUCGUUUCCGGCAUCAUCUCUAGUCGGCCUAUAUGAUUCACUCCCCCCCCCCCCCCCCCCACACACGUUUGCACUUUGAGUCCAAGAGAGUGUGUUCAAGCAUUGUUUCCACUUGCUCGCGGUUUACCUUUCAGUUACGAGAGGAUCGGAGCCCCACGAGGAUGUUCCUUUCACGUUUUGAACCAUAGUCUCUUUCAUCCCCAGUUUGUUGAUUUUUUCUUUCUUUAAUUUCUGUUCUCUUCUUUCCCGAAUCUAUCCCCUCCCACGGCUUGUUUAGGCAACGUUGUCGGACGAGGCGAAGGAAGUCUACAACAGUCUGGUGGAAACGCCAAGCAUAGACACUGCCCCUGACACGAAUCCGUUGCGCAUGCUGCGCUCAGGUGUGCCAAUAGUCAGGCCCAGGAUUCGUGGAAACAAGCAC